AUGCCCCAAUAUUUGAAAAUAAAUAAAUCAAAAAUUUUUUUAAAGAAAUGGACAGAUUUUUGGUUUGAUAUAGAGAAUAUUAAAUUAUUACCUUUAAAAGAUAACAAAAAUAAUUUAAAUAAAACAAUAAUUCAACAAAUUCCUCGCCGUAUUUUUAUCGCUACAGAAGAACCAAAAUUAGUUAUUAAAGAAGCAAAAAAGCAUUGGAAUGAUAAAUAUGAAAUAUUUUAUAAUAAAUUAGAAGCAAAAUAUGGUUUUGAAGAAGGUGAUCCUAUUCGAUAUACAAAAGACUCUCUUUUGGCAAUAAUGGCAGAAAUUAAAAUUUUAGUUCAAUGUCAAUUUGUUGUUUGUACUUUUAGUAGUAAUGUUUGCCGUUUAAUUUAUGAAUUAAUGCAAGCAGUUCAGGCAAAAGAUAUGAGUGAAGCAGUCCAAUCUUUGGAUGUUUUUUACACAGAAACAUGGAAAUGUUAA